UCGUUGUUCGUUAUCACCAAAAACUCCCCCAUUUCAAAUUGCACAUAUAAUAAACCCUAAACAAUAAAUUCCCAAAUUGAAUCUUUAGAGGUUAUGCUCCCAAACACCACCAGUCCCGUUUGGAUGGACGGCGACAACCACGACCACGACAACCAAACAUCUUCAUGGACACCCACCACCACCACCACCACCACCACAAACCACCAUCAUUUCGAACUACCCGCUACAACAUCAUGCAACGACACCAAUAACACUUACUCCUCACUAACAACCUUAAAAUCAAUGCUGGAAAGUGAAUGGUAUCACCACAGCAACAAUACUAACAAUAAUAAUAAUUCCUUGUUUUUACCUCUGGAUUCAUCAUCUUCGUGUUCGCCUUCACAUUCUCACCAUGCUUUUACACAUUCAUACCCUCUACUUCCCCCAAAAUUCACAAACAGUUUGUAUGAACAACAAAUUCCUUUUGAUUUUGGAUGUGACCCCACUAAUUUUUACCCCACAAAUAGUAGCCACACUUCAAAUUUGUUACACUUUACUUCACAAAUCCCCGAAAUUACCUCAAGUGCGGAUUUCCCAGCUUCUACUAACAAUAGUAAUAACAUUGUAGGGACCGGUUUUAACCCGGGUUUAACCGGGUUCGAUGGUUUUCAAAGUGCAAACAACCAGGUUUUCCAAACUAGGCCUAAAGUGUUACGCCCACUCGAGGUUUCGCCGCCUGUUGGAGCUCAGCCUACUUUGUUUCAAAAACGGGCUGCCCGGCAAGGCUCGGAUAAGUUAGGUGAAUUGGGGAAUUUGAAUUGGGGCAAAAGAGCUGAAAAUAAUAUUAAUGGUAUUGGGAUGCUGGAAAUGGAUAGGAAGAGAAAGAGAGGGGUCAUGGAGGAAGAUGAGAUUGAUGAAACGGCUACUAUGGGUUUUAAUUAUGAUUCGGAUGAGAUUGAUCCGAGUACGAGUGAGAAUGUGAAUGGAAACGGUGGGAGUAAUUCCAAUAGUAAUGCAGUUGUUGGUAGUGGGGAUCAGAAAGGUAAAAAGAAAGGAUUGCCUGCUAAGAAUUUAAUGGCCGAAAGACGAAGGAGGAAGAAGCUUAAUGAUAGGCUUUACAUGCUUAGAUCCGUUGUCCCGAAAAUUAGCAAGAUGGAUAGGGCUUCAAUACUUGGUGAUGCUAUAGAUUACUUAAAGGAACUAUUACAACGAAUUAACGAUCUUCAUAACGAACUAGAGGCAACACCAACCCCAACGUUAACGCCACAAGGGUCUUUGAUUCAAACUUCCUCGAGUAUUCAUCCAUUGACACCGACCCCACCAGCACUUCCUCAACAUGUCAAAGAAGAAUUAUGUCCCACUAACAUUCCCAGCCCGAAAAACAGCCAUACAGCAAAGGUGGAGGUACAUGCAAGAGAAGGGAGAGGUGUGAACAUACACAUGUUGUGUGGGCGCAGACCCGGCCUGUUGCUUUCGACAUUGAGGGCCCUAGAGAACCUUGGGUUGGAUAUUCAACAAGCUGUUAUUAGCUGUUUCAAUGGGUUUGCUUUGGAUGUAUUUCGAGCUCAGCAAUGUAGGGAAGGGCAGGAGUUGUUACCUGAGCAAAUAAAAGCAGUGCUUUUGGAGACUGCUGGAUACCAUGGUGCCAUUUAGCAGGUUGUGUUGUAGUUAAAUCCACAUUUAACAAUGUUGUGUUUUUUCAUUUGACCAUUGAAUAAAAUCCACUUUUCAGUCA